AUUAAUUUAACACAUGGAGGAUGACAUGUGAUGUCUGUUCUAAAAUUCAUCAAAGCCGUAGCCACGUGAAAACUAGCGCUUUUACAAGUAGAGUUGUCAAUCUUACAAGAUCACACGGCCACAGUCCUGUUCCGAGUUCCGUUCGUAUACACAGCUGUCACGAAAAAUUGGAAAGGAAACGAAUUCGAAACGGCAUGACAGACAUCUCCGAACAGCACGAGGUCAACCAAGAUGUUUCCUUCAAAUGGGAGAAUUAUCAAAAUCACUUGCCCGAUGUUGUGCAGCAGCUCCUGCAGGAGGACUGUAUGGUGGACGUUACUCUAUGCGCAGCUGGUCACCGUAUUCACGCGCAUCGAAUCGUAUUGUGCGCCUGCAGCACCUUGUUUCAAGAAGUUCUUAGUCAAGUGACGGAGGAACAUCCGACCAUCAUCCUCAGUGAUGUAUCUCUUCAGGAUAUAAAGUCGAUUGUCGAAUUUGCAUAUCAUGGCGAGGUCCGAGUUCCUGUGGAAAAUAUUAGUAGCUUACUCGACACUGCACGGUCACUGAAAAUAAGUGGGCUUAUCGAUAUUGAUAAACUUGAGGAAAAUGAUAGUACUGUAAAUACAGAAGACAAUAAUAUCGAUGAACAUAUGAUUGAAAUGAAACAAAGAAGGUCUGAUUCUCCAGAAAAAGAUUUACAAGAUAAUCAGAAUGAAACUAGUCUCGAAGAUAGUAUCUCGUCUAAGAAAAGAAAACGCCGCCGUGAUAUCAAGAAAGAAUAUAAUGAUAUUAUGUUGGCAUCUGCAAUUGAAGAUUUAAAAUUAGGACAAACAUUAGUAGAAGCUGCCACUAGACACAAUAUACCACGUUCAACAUUGUACAUGCGAGCAAAAGCAUUAGGUAUUCAUUUAAAUGCAUCGAGGAACGAAUAUCCUGCAGAAUCUAUGAAUGCAGCAAUAACUUCUGUGAUGGGUGGUUCAAGUUUGCAGCAUGCGUCAGAUUUGUACAAAAUACCCAAAACUGUGUUGUGGAGGCGUAUACAAAAAGAGGGUCACCAAGUCGUGCGUUCUGAAAUAAAAAGAACAUAUGAUGUGGACAUGAGGGAGGCUGCUGUGAAAGCCUUGGAAAGAGGGGAGAAUCUGACAAAAGUUUCAUUAGAAUUUAAAAUACCAAAGACUACAUUAUUUAGGGACAAGGCACGAUUAGUAGACCAGGGCAAGUUGCCGUUAUCAUUUUGGAAGAAACGCAAAACUCGGAACGAAGAGUCAAAGAAAUCACGAUUAGAAGAAGCAGUGGCUGCUUGCAAGGGUGGUAAGAUGUCACAAGCUACUGCAUCUUUGACGUAUCGUAUUCCAAAAACGACGAUAUGGCGAAGGCUUCAGCAGGAUGGCAAGAAAACUAAGAGAUCGUCGAAUGUAAAGAAGCAGCAACGAUUAAUGGACACAUCGCAGCAGAAUUCUGAAACGAGAGCACAUGAAAACUCUGAUUUUGCUUAUUGUGAGGUUUCAUCGGAGAUUCCCAUCACUUACAUAGAUGAGAACAACAUACCCGAAGAUUCCGUAAUAAUCUUAACGACGGAGGAGAUGGAGGAACUGAAUCUGGAAGAGGGGAGACAAAUCAUUGUAAAUCCAGAACCUGGACAGGAGUACAUUCCAUGUUCAAUAAAUAUCGGAGAAAACACAAAUUAUUCACAAGCUGAGAGUUAAUGUUAGACAUCAUUAUAAUAAGACUUAAAACUAAUUGUUGAUAUGUACAGAUACAUAUAGAUAGUGAUAUAUCUAAAAAAUUUUGUAUCGCGCGCAUUGCUUUCUCCUAGAGCAAUAUGAAUCAAGCUUGAAAAAUGA